AUGGAAGCGCGCGAAAACAAGCCUUCGCUCCUGAGGCACAGGUGGGCCAAGGAGAAGGACGCCAUCCUGACCGAGCUUCGAACCGUGGAUUCAGCCCCAACCGACUGUACUGCACAGUCGCUUUCCACAUCUUUCGCAUCGCCCUUCGACCUGAAGCGCUCCCAAUACGGGAUCACACACCGAGAGCAGUUGGCCUUUGACAAACACAUUGAGACCCCCAUACGGCCGUUCAUCUGCGUCUUCCACUACGCUGGAUGCAACAAGACGUUCUCAAAGAAGAACGAGUGGAAACGCCACGUGCUGAAGCAGCACAUCUGCCUCGAAUACUACCGCUGCGACGACAUGAAAUGUACCGCCGCCACACGAUCCGGGACCACGUGUCGAGCCAACAACCUUCCUGCUCACGGCAAAGUCUUUAGGAGAAAGGAUUUACACAUGCAGCAUGUUCGCCGUAUGCAUCUGUUGAAUAUCAACGCCCAUCAGACGCAGGAGGCCAUGACCGAGCUGCAGCAACGAGCGCUGCGCACGCGUUGCCAGCUUCCUUUGAAUAUGACCUGCCCCGCCGAGAAUUGCGAUCUUGUCUUCUCCGGAGACAAGGCCUGGGACGACUGGAUGGAGCACGCCGCUCGGCACCUCUUGGCGGCACACGAGGGACUGGAGCCCGAGGUCGGAUUCGGCGGCUCCCAAGACACUUGCCUCACGGAGUGGGCCCAGCAUGCGGAUGUCAACGUUGCCAGGAGGGUUCAGGGAGGCUGGGCGCUGAACGACCCCUUACAGGACUGCGAUUUGGUCGUGCGCUCCAGUCCCAGCUCGAGCGUUUGCGAUGAGGAUGCCAAAGAGCCGGCCUAG